AUUGUGCGUCACUGCGUGUCUCCAUGUGACACAAAAGGAAUGCAGAAAGUUUUGUUUCUGAAACCUUUACCUCUCAAACAGGUGUACGAGUGAUGAUGGUUAACAUUUUUAAAAACUUUGGCAGACGUCUCGCUGCCUGUUGGACUGAGCAACAGUUUUUAUGAUCAGCUUAAAGAGUCUGCAAACAACAUCUACAGAUAACCAGCAUCUCAUAUAGACAUGAGAGACCGGCUGACGCACCUCCAUCAGGUGCAGACUGACUCUGACGGUUUCUGCACGGUGGAGCUGGACAAUUUAUCAGCUCAUGAUGCAGCAGCAGCAUCACAGACCAUCACUGACCAGGACCUGGAUGGCGUCCUGCAGGAGGCCCAACAGAUUCGUCUGGAGAUCCAGCACAUCCAGAACGACAUCAGCGAGCUGAAAGAUGUGAAUCACCAGGCCUUGAACAAAACCUCAUACGCCACUGCUUCAAAGCGGGACUCUAAUGCAAUCGGGGCGGAUAUCAAACGCAGGGGAGAGUCUGUGCUGCAGCGGCUGCACAUGAUGAACGCCCUCAGAGGGGAGCUGGAGGCCCAGCGUGGCAGCUCUGACCCCACAGCUCGCAUCGCUCGAACACAGUACCAGUGUCUCAGCAACGCCCUGCGGGAGGUGAUGUUCAGCUACAACGACACAGAGAUGAGCCACAGGGAGGCGUGUAAACGGCAGAUCCAGAGGCAGAUGGAGGUGGUGGGCAGGGAGAUCAGCGAGGAGGAGCUGGAGGAGAUGAUGGAGAGCCCAGAGGUGAAUGUGUUCAGCGCCCAGGUGGAGGGAAAAACCGCUCGCUCGGCUUUCCUGCAGAUCGAGAGCCGACACAAGGAGCUGCUGGAGCUGGAAAAGAGGAUCGAGGGGAUCCAGGAGCUGUUUCUGGAUGUGGCCGUGCUCACAGAGGAGCAGGGGCUCGCCAUCGAAAACAUCCAGAAAAACGUCCAAAAUACUGGAGUUAUAGUUGAGGAUGCAGUGUUCAAGCUGGAGAGAGCCACUGCAUCCGAUAAAAACAACCCAUUCAAGAAGAUGUUUUGUAGCUGCUUUCCAUGUUAUAACUAAGUCUGAUGAGGAUCGGUGGCUUUGGAUCAAGUCCACUAGUCCACGUGGUAAAACCAAAGACUGCAUUUAAAGAUGGACGACAUGACAGAUCCCCUUUAAGUGUAACUUUCAAUCUUGAUCACCCUCUGGUGUCUGUCUGCAGUAUGUGUCAUAAAGCCCGCCUCUCCAUGUUAGUGAAAGGGACAUGAGCCAAAUUAAAAACUCAAAGUACUCACCAAAUAACCUUAAUUUUUCCCAAAGAUGGUUUCAGUCACUGAAGAUAGUUCUCAUAACCCUCAUGUUUGUUGAAGUGUUUUUAUGAUAACUUUAAUUUUAAUGAGUUGUUCAAUUCUACAAAAAGCGUAUUUUUCUCUAUGAUUGACAGCCGCAUGUGCCAAUCCAUGCACUUGCAUUCAAUGGGGUUACUUGCAAUUAGUUGGACAGGCGUUUUGGCGAAUAUCACUUCUGCACAGAAUCCAGCUCAUCACCAUCGCAAGAUGGCAAUGCCCUAUCUCGGAUAUUUUAACCUCACUGAAGCGUAUUGCGGGCGUGUCGUCUGUAGGUAAAAUUAAAAACUAAAGGAACAACCGAUGAAGAUUUUUUCAAUUAUCAGUCCCUUUAAAAAAACUGUUUUGAUACUGACAGUCUUACCACAAGAUCCAUGUCAUAGCUGUUCUGGAGCUUUUGAUCAAUAUAAAAUAUAGUGAGACUCAAACUGAAAUGCUCUGGUCCCAGAAUGGAGACGUGUGUCAGAUGUGUAUUCAGGCUCAGUGAGCAACGUUUAGUGAAAGUUUUAAUGUCCAUAAUGAUAAAGUGAAGUUAGUCAUAUCAUGUGACAUUAGCAUCAUGAAUGAUUAAAAAAUCAUUCAUGAGCUUAAUGUUUAUUAAGCUAUAUACCUUUUUAUUUGGGAGACAUUUUGGGCUUAAGCUGAAAAGCCAUAUAAAUAAAGAUUAUUAUUAUUAGUAUUUUUAUUUACUGACUUACAUACAGUUACUAAAUGAACCUUGUGGUGAGAAAAUUUUCACAACUGCUUAUUAUUAUUAUUAAUAUGUUGUUAUAUUUUUAUGUUAGUCUGUGUCUCCCCCUUAUUUCAUCCUGACAAUAAACUGUUGUUUAAGUGUAAAAAAGUAUUUGAAGUUUAUCUCAAACUUUAUGCGCAAACGCUCAAAUCCACCUGCGCGCUUUUAAUGUUCAAUAAAGCAG